UCCAUCCACCUAAAGGAGGACAUGCAGAAUGUGACGUACAAUCCUCAGGAGAAGUUCGUGCGCUUUUUCUGCGACAUUGUCGGCCAGCCGAUUCCAAACAUCUCCUGGUAUCGGGGCGAGAAGAAGAUCAACGUCGACGAUGGCCGAGGCAAAUAUCGAGUCAAGCUGAAGCUGUGGGGCAGCAUGCUACGCAUCAAUAACCCCGUGCCGGAGGACUUCGGGCCGUACACGUGCGUCGCCAAGAACGCCGCAGGAGAGCGCACAACGACGGCGUGGUUUCUGCCCAAGCAACAACAAUGUAGCUCCUCUGUCCCCUUCGCCUACUUGGCCUUCCAAGAGUGUGUACCCGCUUUGCCAGCUAUAUUCUCCUACGACCAUAACACUCUGGAAUUUGAACCCAUCAAGUCACUUUACUUUGUGUUUAGUGAAAAGCAACCGGAGAAUGGAUUCUGCCAAAUCUUCCAGAGCAACGUGUGUGUCAGAUACUUGUCCGGCCAUCGAGUCUUCGUGUCGAAUGUCCUCCAUCAGACCCUGAUCGAAAAACAAAUUGCCGACUAUCUAAAUGACAUUUCUGAUUUCUGUCAUGUGGACUGGUCGAGGACGAUUACGGCACAAACGGUUGCCCGUCGAAACCUUCUGCGCCUGGGUGUGUUGACGUCUUCGGCCGGAUCGUUGUGGCAGAUCGACUUCGCCGCCUACGGCCGACAGGAUGUUGAGCUCCUGACUACCCACAACAUCGGUGCGGCAACUAAUCGACAAUGGAGUCCAGAGGAUACGGAGUGCCUAGGUCGAAUCAUGGAGGCGAUCUGCUACUACUACUUCCCCAUCUGUCCGCCGCCUGGAGAAGUUGGACGCAUCGGAGACGCCGCGACCUCCAAGAGCAGCGCGGCCUCAGAGGUGGUCGCUAGACGACGUCUUUGUCGCGACGACUGCCACCUGAUAACUGAGGGCGAAUGCAACGAAACCUACAAUCGUCUACUUCACGACACCCAACCUCAAAGUAAGGAAUUGCCUCCAUAUAAUGCCUCCAGUCGUCUACUCUUUUUUACCCAUGUUAUAACAUUUGGAUUCGGGAGGCGGGGGCGAAGGCGAGGGGGCACAAAUUCAGUGCUCGACGUGCUGCAGGACAGACAGUUACAGUCAAACGUAGCUGAUCGCCUUGCUUUUGUUUCUUCCGCCUUUCCCUCUACAGGUUCCACACCGAUGCUCAGCAUGGAGUGCGGUGCCCUUCCAGAAUUCAGUCCCUACAACCCGGACGCGUGUCUUCGGACAGGAUUUCGGCCGCCUGUUCCCGACCUAACAGACUUAAUUGCCAAACCGAAGCACACACCCAAUAAUGGGGUGCCCCGGAGUCAGCUAACCCAGUCACCGGACCUGCUUCCUGUGUUCGUGUCAUUCGGCGUCCUCAUCCUCCUCGCGCUCACGCUCAUUCUCAUUUGCUUCGUCUGUCGUCGCUCCCAAGGCGGCUACUCGAACGACGUCUUCAGCGGACGAUCGCGAGCGAUGCGGUGCUUUUGCGGCAAGGCUGUGGUGAUUGGGAAGAAGCAGCAAAGUCGGCAUUUCCACGCCCAGAACGCAGUCGAAAUGAAGCAGCCAAUCGCCGAGAUCGGUGGGUAUCCUGAGACCACACCAUUUGUCGCCAAAACCUUUCCCUCAACCACCUCCCCCAACCCCGAACGAAGGGUCACACAAAACCAACAGCAGCAGCAGCAACAGUACCAUCAGUAUCAGGCGCCCAAAAGUGUUCUCGUUGUGCCUCCACCCAGUUCGCCGGCUCCGCCCCCACCCUCAACAUACUCCCCCGUCGAUCUAGCCAAUCACCGGGCGUUUACCCAAGUGCUUGCUGCCCCUGUCGAUCGUGAAAUGGAUGGAGGCGGGAAGCACUUUUUCAUGGGGAACAGCGCCCUCCUCAACCAGCGAGCUGAGGUAUCCCAGCAACUAGAGCACAACUCGUUUUCUCCUGAGCUGGUCGACCGCACGCUGCGGGCUAUCAACUACCCAAUCGUGCAAAUUAAAUUUGGUGACCGGAUCGGGCAGGGCGUGUUUGGACCUGUUUACGCAGGGGAGCUGCAAGCCUCUAGCGAUUAUGAGAACAGCAAACCAACCGCGUUGGUAAUAAAAACGCUGUCGCCAGGAGCUCCAGCUUCCAUGCAAACCGAUUUUCGUCGAGAGGCAAGCAUCAUGGCGGAGUUGAACCAUCCUAACCUCCUGGGGAUAUUUGGUGUUAGCUUGCAACAGCCACCGUGGUGCAUGCUCUUCGAGACCCCACUCUAUGGAGACCUCCACGAAGUCCUUCUGGCAGCCCGGCGUUCGUCGGAUGAGGGCGGAUGGUUGGCAGCCGCGUGUGUCUCACAGACGUGGCCACGGCAUCAACAACUCAGCGAAAACGACCGCUUCCACAUUGCCUUUCAGAUCGCCUCUGGCAUGGAAUAUCUCUCGAGAAACCACUUCAUCCAUCGGGAUUUGGCUGCCCGUAAUGUCACUGUGGGCGAGCAUCUGUUGUGUAAAAUCACCGAUCUCGGACUAGCGCGUGACUCCUAUGCCAUGGAUUACUACCGUGUGCCUGCUGCAAAUAACCUCCUUUUGCCGAUUCGUUGGAUGCCGAUCGACGCGAUACUCUAUAGUCUCUUCAGUGUGGAGUCCGACGUGUGGGCGUUUGGCGUGCUGCUGUGGGAGAUCUGGGCGGACGGAAUGCGUCCGUACCACCUUUACUCGGACGCUGAGGUAAUCGACUUGGUGCAGUCACGCUACCUCCUUCCCUGCCCCCACAACUGCCCACCUCGAGUUUACACCUUGAUGCUUGACUGUUGGAACGAGGUGGGCGUCAAACGCCCGUCCUUCCAGGAAAUACUCUCGAGACUGUCGUCGUGGCAACAGGAACUGCUUGUAAAUGAUGCAACCGGCGGAGAAAAGAGUCCUGUGGUCACAAACAUCUUCCCGCCUUCAGGGGGCGCGGAGAACACCGGCAAUAAUACGUGUAGCCAUUCGGGGGAUUCGGGUAAAACCAACUCCACUGACGUAUCCACCGAAAGACCCGCCUCCCAGCGCAUCUCCUCUGUUCCCAUGCCAGUCAUGGUGACGCUGGAGAGCAGUCCACUGGAGCUGGCUGGCAACGUGCCCGAUGCCAGUUGCCACUCGGCCAAUUUCAGCCUAGGUCCGCGUCCAAUCACGACGGGCGCAAACAGCACAAGCACCAAGUUUGUCCUCCUCCCUGUCACACCUAUCUGCUCAGCCGACACGACUCGUGCGAUGUGA